AAACAAAAAAACAAAAAAACAAAAAACAAAACAAUUGCCAAUACAGACUCUAUUAAAUUCAAAUUUAUGAAAAUCUCACCAAACUCUUUACAUUAAAAAAAAAAAAAAAAAAGAUUUGUUGAGUGAAGGCCACAGGAUUUGAGUGGACCCUGCCAGGAUGGCAAGAGUAGUUCUAGAGGGAGACAGCAUGGGCCUUGAGUGUAUCUUCCCCAAUCAGACUGAGGAACUGGGGCCACAUCAGGGCCCUUCAGAAGGCACUGGGGAUUGGAGCCACGAGGAGCCUGAGGAAGAACAGGAGGAAACAGGGUCGGGCCCAGCUAGCUACUCCUACCAGCUCCUGAACCAAGAUCCUGAACAAGAGGAGGUGGAGCUGGCACCAGUCGGGGAUGGAGAUGAAGUUGCUGGCAUCCAGGAUCGAAUCCAGGCCCUGGGCCUUCAUUUGCCAGACCCACCAUUAGAGAGUGAAGAUGAAGAUGAGGAAGGACCUACAGCGUUGAACAACCACAACUCUGUUCCCAUGUACCCAGAACAUGUAGAGCUGGUGAAAAGGACGAUGGCCGGAGUAAGCCUGCCUGCGCCAGGGGUUCCUGCCUGGGCUCGGGAGAUAUCGGAUGCCCAGUGGGAAGAUGUGGUACAAAAGGCCCUCCAAGCCUGGCAGGCAUCCCCUGCCUGAAGUGACCACAGUGAGAGACGCCUUAUCUUCCUACAUUCCAGGCCAGAACCAGCACAGGAGACUGAACACAUCCCUGGUUGUCAUGUCCAUUUCCAUCUUCCCCAUCUCCCUUUCCACAUCAAGGCACAUCAGGCUUCUCAGAGACCCA